AUGGCCCCUCACGACGCUGUUGCCGGCCCCGCCGACCUCCUCGACCAUGGUGAAGUUGAUCGGGCCGAGCAGAAGGACCAGGACGAUGCCGCUUUGCUACGCACUAUGGGCUAUAAGCCGGUGCUUCAUCGAACAUAUACUCUGUUUGAGAACUUUGCGACCACGUUUGCCGCUCUUUACUUUGUCGGCGGCGUGCGCGUCACUUUCAGCACCGGUAUUGCCGCUGGUGGAAACCUUGCCUAUUGGACCAGUUAUCUAGUAACCAUGGUCUUCACGUUCAUUACGGCUGCUGUGAUUGCAGAAGUCUGCUCGGCGUCUCCGUCCGCUGGUUCGAUCUACUUGUGGGCUGCCGAAGCUGGUGGACCCCGGUUUGGCCGGCUUCUUGGCUUCAUCGUCGCCUGGUGGAGUACAACGGCGUGGACGACCUUCUGUGCAAGCAACACCCAAGCUGCGGUUAACUACAUGCUUGCGGAAAUAACGGUUUUUGAACUUGAUUUCCCAUCAGACUCAAGUGAUGUCAAGUUCCGUGCGGUCCAGUGGAUCUGCACCGAGAUCUUGCUUGCCCUGGCAGCCCUAUUGAACUUUUUGCCUCCGCGAUACUUCAAAUAUGUUUUCUGGUUCUCUUCUGCAGUCGUGAUGCUAGACUUCGUCCUGAACCUGAUUUGGUUGCCCAUUGGCACCGCCCAAACUUGGGGCUUCCGCACUACCCAUGAGGCCUUCAUGACCACUUAUAACGGUACCGGAGCCCCGGAUGGCUGGAACUGGUGUCUUUCUUACUUGGCUACUGCCGGUAUUCUGAUUGGAUUCGAUGCAUCGGGUCACGUUGCGGAAGAAACCAAGAACGCCUCUAUCACUGCUGCUCGUGGAAUCUUCUGGAGUACCGUUGCUAGCGGGUUUGGCGGUUUGGCUACAAUCAUUCUCUUCUUGUUCUGUGCGCCCGACACCGACACCCUCAUGAGCUUUGGCUCGCCCCAACCCUUCGUACCUCUUUACGCUGUGGUUCUGGGCAAGGGUGGCCAUAUCUUCAUGAACAUCGUUUGCAUUUUUGCUUUAUGGCUGAACACCGCAAUUGCUAUCAUCGCCGCAUCUCGUCUUGUCUUCGCCGUUGCCCGUGAUGGUGUCCUCCCUUUCUCGGGUUGGGUCUCUCGCGUGAAGAAUGGCCAGCCACGCAACGCAGUCAUUGUUGUCUGGGCUGUCGCUGCUCUAGUCACUUGCACUAUCCUUCCGUCUAGCGUUGCUUUCACUUCCCUCGUGUCGGCAGCCGGUGUCCCCAGCGCUGCUGCAUACGGUCUGAUCUGUCUAGGCCGAUUGUUCUGUACUCCCAACCGGUUCCCAAAGCCACAGUGGAGUCUCGGGCGCUGGAGUAAGCCGUUCCAGUUCAUCGGUGUCUUCUGGAAUGGCUGGGUUGUCGCUGUCCUGUUCUCGCCCUAUGCAUGGCCUGUUACUGGGGAGAACUUGAACUAUGCCCCCAUUAUCAUGGCUGGAGUCACCAUCCUGGCCUUGAUCUCCUACUUCUUGAUGCCUGAGAGUGCAUGGCUCCCUCGAGACCGCAUCACUCACUUCAUUGACAGUAAGGGUGCUGUUGAGACCGUGGAGGAGGUUGGGCCUACCAACCGUGAUGAAGCAAGUACUCGCUGA